AUGGAACUUCGUUUAAGUGAAGCAGAAAAGGUAUUCAUUGUACAUGGAGCGCAGGAAGGUUUGCGAUCCGAUGGACGUGGACCAUUGGAUUACCGACCUAUAAUAGUUCAAACGGGUGUUUUGCCAACAACAAAUGGUUCGGCUCGUGUCCGCAUAGGCUCGACAGAUUUAUUAAUUGGAAUCAAAGCUGAUUUAGUCACCGUUCAAAACACUGCUUUUUGUCGAAAUCGACUAAAUUUUUUUGUUGAUUGUUCAGCAAAUGCCACCCCACUUUUUGCUGGCCGUGGUGGUGAGGAAUUUGCGGAUGAAUUAAGUGCAGCGUUAGAUGCUGCUUUCGACAAUGAUUAUGUAGUUCCAGAUCUGAAAAAAUUGAUUCUAUCACCAAUGCAUAUGUGGAGACUUUUUGUUGAUAUUGUUAUUUUGCAGUGUGAUGGGAAUGUAAUUGAUGCAGCAGGUUUGGGGAUUAAAGCAGCUUUGGGAAACACUGAAAUUUGUGAAGUACUGGUGAGACCAGCUGAUGCAGGAAAGUUUAUGAUUGAUUUACCCAAAAAGUAUAAAUUAUGGAAGUUUGAUGUGUCCAGGGUACCACUUUUUGUCAGUGUAAAUAGAGUAGGAACUGCAAAAAUUGUUGACAAUUCAUUGGCCGAAGAGUCCUGUACUUGCACAUCCAUUUGGCUUGCUGGUUUUCUUCACUCUAAUUCCAGUAACACCUUUGAAGAAGAUGAUCAGUCGCGAGAAACAUACGAUGACUGCAUGAUAACGUAUAUGAGACAGUGUGGGGGUGGCACUUUUGAAAUGGAUUCCCUUGUUUUAGAAGAAAUGAUAAAUAUUGGUCUGAAAGUUGUACGACAGUUACAUGUGGCAUUAAAUCGAAGGCUACUAAAUGAAGACCAAGUAGCAGAAAAUUCGUUGUCGACAUUUCUACAAUAG